AUGCUCCGCUACCUCUCGCCAGGAAAGGGGCGGGAAGGCGCGCUCUCCCCGCUCCCUUCCGACGCUCCAGUCCUCAAGCUGCAUGUGACCAAUUGGGGCGUCCUCAUCCUCCCCGCGCCCGAGAACGUCGGCGAAGACCCGCGCGAUGACACGCUCUUACACGGCGAGCUCGACGUGCGCGUCAGUGGUCCGCGGCGGUGUAAGCGUAUCCGCGUCGGUCUCCGCUCCAUCAUCCGCCUGGACAUGGGAGGCGGCCGCAAGAUUGAAGAAGACGUGUUGUUCGAGCGCAAGGUCGAAAUCAUCGGUGCGAGCACCGACGGCAUCUGGCUCGCGCCGGGAUCUCAGCGCUUCGCGUUCACUAUUAUUAUUCCCUCAAACCUGGCCGUGCACGACACACACUCAAAUGGCAAGAUCUCGCAUGAGCUCUACGCAGAGCUCGAAGGAAUGCCAGAGGACCUGCCGCGCCCCGCCUCCUCCUCCUCCCUCUUUGGCAUGCGGCGGAGCGGCAAGCGAUCACCGUCGAGCGCACGCUCUGCGUCCGCUUCGCGCGCGCCAUCACCGAGCCGUGCACCUCGCCGCGGUCUCUCCGGCGCCGUCUCUCCCGCGCCAGGUAUCGAUGGCGCCCAGCAGCCGAUCAACCCCGCCCUCCUGGCCUCUGAGUACUCGUUCACAGUGACGCGACAGGAAGUCCCCUACCUCCCUCGCAUCCCAAGCUACGAAGAUACGAACUUCACCGACCACGCGUCCCAAACACCCUGGGUGACGGGGACCCACAGGUCCAAGAAACACAUCAUGAUCGUGUACAACCCCAACCCCCUUGGGACGACAAACGAGCUGCACGACCGCGCGGAUGGCCAGGUCCCCGGCCUUGGCAAGUGGGAGAUGACGAUGGUGUCAGACGUGUGGACGAUCUGCGCCCUCAUGAACCUCAAGUUCGUCGUGACGGGCAUUCAGCCGAGCACAACGAUCUUCGCCGUGCGCCUCGCCCUCGCGCAGAGCUGGGCCAUCAUCAGCCCCCGCGACGAGGAGGGCGCCAACCGCCUCACGGGCACGCGCUCCUUCGCCAUCUUCGAGAGCGGCAAGCGGCCCCCUGUCGGGCACCACUAUCCGGACAAGCACUACGCCGCAGUUUGGCGCGGCACAGGCGCCGGGGGCAAAGACAAGGCGACGUCCGAGGACGGCGGCGAGAUCAAGCUCUCCGCGACGGUGCGCCUGCCCACCGACGAGCAUGUGCGGCCCACCACCCUCCCCGGCGUCGUCACGCCCAUCACUGUUACGCAUAAUCUUGUUCUCGAGGUCUUCUUCUCCGUGUGGGGCGAGGAUGAUCGGGGCGAGGCCAUGAAGCUACCAGGACCCGGCGGCCUGCGCAUGCUGCGCGUAUCGCGCCCAAUCACUCUCCCAUCCGUAAAUCCAAAUUCCUAA